UCCUGCCUCCAUCGAAACUUGAAACCCCUCCUCCCAUUUAUGAAUUGUGCCACUUCUGUUCAUCCAUUCAAAACUUGUCUCUCUCUUUCGUAACUAACUGCUGCCAUUGCUACUCUUUCAAUUCUGCUCAUCAAUUCGGAAGUUUUGAAUGAAGAAUCUAAUACAAGUUAAGGAACUCUGUGUGGCACUCAUCUCUGUGAAAAACGGUAAUCUCAUCUCUAAUUAACAUCCUUGAGAAGCCUCAAGUGAAUAAUGGUCACCAAUAGAUUGAAGAGGGAGCAAUGCGACCGAACAAAACACGAUUCUAGCUUCUCCCACUGGAAGAUUCUUAUUGGUCCUUCUGAUUGGGAAGACUAUUCCAAAGGAAAGGAAGGAUCUACCAGAUACAGGGUUCACAACCUUCCUCAGAAAUUGGGUCCCGGAGUGUAUGAGCUUGGAGUAGCUGUAUCGCGUAGUGGCUUGGGGCGUGAAAUCUACAAGCUUGCCGCUGACCCUCGUCGCAUAAUUGUGGUUUACCUUGGAAAAGCUGACAAUGUGAGAGCAAGACUGCAGUGUUAUGGCAGGAAUGGAGCACAUUUGGGUAAUAGCUAUUUGUCAGACGAUUCUUCUCUUCAAAUGGGAAGGUCAUUGUUUCAGGAGAUAUUUUCACAAGGCUUCCCUAUUGUUUAUAGAUGGGCUCCUAUGCAAAACACUGGAGAAGCCCUGAGUACAGAAGCUCAGCUGCUUAGUACAUUUGAUUAUGCAUGGAACACUAUCAAAAAUGGUACACGGCGGCCUAACGAUAUUCUUGAAAUGCUCAAUAAUUUUGCUUCAGGCACUACAACAUUUUCAGAUGUGGCCAAAUUGCUUCUACCCUUCACUCAGAAGAAAGUGGGGAUACCAAUUAAAUCGAGCAAGCUGCCUCUGACAGAUGACAAAUUAGACGAAGCUGAUAAUGGCAGAUAUAAUUUCCUAUCUCGUGUGUUCAAAUUCAACAGGUCGCGCCCUAGAAUAGUUCAAGAUACCACUGAUGGUGCCACUCACGAGAAUGCUAAAAUUUGUGGAGUAAUGUUGGCAGAUGGUUCUAUUUGUAAAAGGCCACCAGUUGAAAAAAGAGUGAGGUGUCCUGAACACAAAGGAAUGAGAAGAAAUGUGUCUACUGCCAAAGCAAGUAGAGCACCCAAGGCUGAAUUAGAAAGCAUUGUAGGUAAUGCCUAUAGGUACCAAAAUGUCAACCAUGAUGUAGAAGACCCUCCUCAAAAAGUGGUUGAUAGUCAUGUUGAGGAGAGUAUCACCAAAACCAUUAUAUGUGGAAUCAUCUUGGAUGACGGGUCCACUUGUAGAAGACAACCGGUUAAAGGAAGAAAAAGGUGCCAUGAACAUAAAGGGAAAAGAAUUCGGGCAUCUAUUCAUACAAAUCAGAAAUAAUUGAAUUUUGGAGUGCUCAAUUUUGGCAUACAGAUUUAGAAUAUGAUAAUAGUAAAGACAAGUGCUAUGCAUAAAGCACAAAAUAUACUUGUUCAAGCUUGCACAAAGAGUUUAGUUAAAAGCAUAUGUAUUUAGGUGAUGUUUUUGCUGUACAAGGCAACAAUUGCAAGGAGCAUAAAGGGUCGAAGAGAUGAUAGCAGUUGGAGGGCUUACUUCCAGUAUAUGGAUUUAUUUAUCAGAAAUUCACAUUGUUGAAGAAAUAACAAACAACUCUAUAAGCAAAAGGCAAACAAUUGUAGGUAAUGAGAAAAAAUGUUGUAGUUGUAUUAUUUUCUUGAAGGGCGUAUCUGUUUGUAUAAAAGCGCUUUAUUUGUUGAAAGUCUCUCUCCUAAUUCUUUGUAGCUGCAAAAAAUAGAAAAUGUUGUACUUGAUGUUUUGCCAUUUUCAUUACAUCAUGAAUUGUAUGUUGAGUUGAACCCAUUAA